AAACCCACUGCUGGCGAGGAGUGACUGAGCGCGCUGCAAUGGCAGGAGCAGGUCUCGGCGGGAUCCCGCUGGGAAGGAGGAGGAGGAGGAAGAGCAGCAGCAGCGGCAGCUCUCGGCGGGGCGGGAUGCGGCCGGCGCGGGUCGGUGGCUGCGCAGCCCCCGCAGGUUGGAGGAGGGUUUAAAAGGCAGGUGUGUCGGAGGCCGCUCGCCAUGUCCAGAUCCGGGGACAGGACCUCCACCUUCGACCCCAGCCACAGCGACAACCUGCUGCACGGCCUCAACCUGCUGUGGAGGAAGCAGCUCUUCUGCGACGUGACCCUCACGGCCCAGGGCCAGCAGUUCCACUGCCACAAGGCCGUGCUGGCCUCCUGCUCCCAGUACUUCCGAUCCCUCUUCUCCAGCGGCGGCGGGAGCGGAGGGCACCCCCACGCUUUGGGGCUGGGGCCCGGCGCUCAGGACGGGUUGGGGGGCCCACCGAAGGAGCCUCCGCCGCCGCAGCCGCAGGAGGAGCCCGGCACCCCCUCCUCCUCCCCAGAGGACAAGCUGUUGGCCAGCCCGCGGGCCAUCAACAACCUGGUGUUGCAGGGCUGCUCGUCCAUCGGGCUGCGGCUGGUGCUGGAGUACCUGUACACGGCCAACGUGACCCUCUCGCUGGACACGGUGGAGGAGGUGCUGUCGGUCAGCAAGAUUCUGCACAUCCCGCAGGUCACCAAGCUCUGCGUGCAGUUCCUCAACGACCAGAUCUCGGUCCAGAACUACAAGCAGGUGUGCAAGAUCGCCGCCCUGCACGGCCUGGAGGAGACCAAGAAGCUGGCCAACAAGUACCUGGUGGAGGACGUGCUGCUGCUCAACUUCGAGGAGAUGCGCGCCCUACUCGACUCCUUGCCCCCCCCCGUCGAGUCGGAACUGGCACUUUUUCAGAUGUCCGUGCUCUGGCUGGAGCACGAUCGGGAAACCCGCAUGCAGUACGCCCCGGACCUCAUGAAGCGCCUCCGCUUCGCCCUCAUUCCCGCGCCGGAGCUGGUGGAGCGGGUCCAGUCGGUGGAUUUCAUGCGCACCGACCCCGUCUGCCAGAAGCUGUUGCUGGACGCCAUGAACUACCACCUGAUGCCCUUCAGGCAGCACUGCCGGCAAAGCCUGGCCAGCAGAAUUCGUUCCAAUAAGAAAAUGCUGUUACUUGUUGGAGGAUUGCCUCCCGGCCCCGACCGGCUACCUAGCAAUUUGGUUCAGUAUUACGAUGAUGAAAAGAAGACGUGGAAAAUACUGACAAUUAUGCCAUAUAACAGUGCCCAUCACUGUGUCGUGGAAGUGGAAAACUUCUUGUUUGUGCUGGGAGGAGAAGACCAAUGGAACCCUAACGGGAAACACAGUACAAACUUUGUUAGCCGAUACGAUCCCAGGUUUAACAGCUGGAUACAACUUCCACCCAUGCAAGAGAGGAGAGCCAGUUUCUACGCCUGUCGCCUUGACAAGAACUUGUAUGUGAUCGGUGGGAGGAAUGAAACUGGCUACUUGUCCAGCGUGGAGUGCUACAACCUGGAGACCAACGAGUGGCGCUACGUCUCCUCCUUACCCCAGCCGCUGGCGGCCCACGCCGGAGCCGUUCACAACGGCAAGAUCUAUAUAUCAGGAGGUGUUCACAAUGGAGAGUAUGUCCCAUGGCUGUACUGCUAUGACCCCGUGAUGGACGUCUGGGCCCGGAAGCAGGACAUGAACACGAAGCGAGCGAUCCACACUUUGGCUGUAAUGAAUGAUCGACUGUAUGCCAUUGGAGGAAACCAUUUGAAAGGUUUCUCCCACCUUGACGUGAUGCUUGUGGAAUGCUACGAUCCCAAAGCUGACCAGUGGAACAUCCUCCAGACCCCCAUUCUAGAGGGUCGCAGCGGCCCCGGCUGUGCGGUCCUUGAUGACAGCAUUUACCUUGUGGGAGGCUACAGCUGGAGUAUGGGAGCCUACAAAUCUUCUACUAUUUGCUAUAGUCCAGAGAAAGGGACUUGGACAGAACUAGAAGGAGAUGUUGCUGAGCCACUUGCAGGCCCUGCUUGUUCAACUGUCAUAUUGCCAGCCUGUGUACCGUACAACAAAUGAUAGCUGAGGAGCAGAGACUCAGACAUUGAUUGCUUCUGGGAAAAUCCUGACAGGUGACCUAAAUAUUUUGUUAGAACAGGAUUCCUGUGACACGAAAGCUACCAUAAUUGACCCUUUGUCCCAUAUUUAUGCUUUAGGAGCAAACUAAAAGAAAGCAAAACCCAAGUGUUGUCCCAUCUCAGAUAGAUGCCGGUGUCUUUUGAAGCAAGUAACUAAAACACACCGAACAUUACAUGCUGACAGACUGCCAUUUCAGACUGAUUUUAACUUUUUCCUGCUGCAGAGAUACUCCUCACAUUGAAUUUAAGGGUGGGUUUUUUUUGAAGAUAAAAUAAAAAUGAAGGCUAACUGUUCAAAUGCAGCCUGAAGAGACAAGAUCAGUAUUGUGCAUUGUAUCUACCUGCAUGUGAUCUGUGUUGAAGUCAUGAGGAUGUUGUUUUCAUGAAUGCUUCAGAAUUCAGAUAGUGAAACGCUCACACUGCAUUGCAGAAUUGUCUCCUCCUCUGUAAUCCUAAACUACGGCUACUUCACAUGCUCUGCAAGCAACACAGCAUCAGAAGAUUAUGAAAGGUAAAGAAAUAUCACUCAGUUUUUGCACAGCUUGGCAACUAAUACACUCUGCCUUCAGAGUCCCCGUGUGUAAGUGCAGCGGAAAGCAGACUACAAUGAAAGCCAUGCUUUACAGAGCACUUCUUGCAAUACCAGCUUAGGGAUUAGGAUCAAAUUCUUCUAAUCACACUCGUGUAAAGUCAGAGUCAUUUCCC